UUUGUCCCAUUGUUGUUGUAGAAGACGGAAGCAAAUCGGUCGGGGUUUGUAAGUGAUUCAAUUACAGCAAAUUGUUUGUUACAAAAUAAAUUAAACAUACGUUUUAACCCAUAUUUAGGCGAGAUAGUAACCUUGUGCAACAAGCGUUAUACAGUAUCAUAGAUCAGUCACAUAAUAUAGUUUCUGGAUACUUUUCGGACAGUGAAGAGCGCAUGCCUCCACCGCCACAAGGUGUUUCUGUCCAGGUGGAGCUUCUGAAAAUUAGCCAUCUUCACUGUUGCAAUCAGAACUGAGGUGAGCUGCGGAAGUCCUUAUGUCGUCAUAAUUUACCUGCUUAUUCUGUCAAUAGUUGUUGUAGGUACCAUGUCAGACUUCACCAUUGAUAUCCAGCUGACAGAACUAGGGUUCCCUGACAUCUUGCAGCCCAGAGAAAUUACCUGUGUGAAGGAAACACCGUCGCCUUCGGCCUCUAACAAUAUUUCCCCUGGAUCCCUGGCCAACCUCCAAAUCCCCAGUUCCUCGCCGCCUCCUCCUGCUGCGCUCACCCCCACAGCUGUGGACCCAGAACUGGUCGGUGUAGAACAGCUGGUUUCUGUAGACUCACAGACUGCUUCUACAGUACAGCAGGUUGCCUCACAGACGGGCCCUCACAUUACAGUAACCCCAAGUCCCUCUGGGCCCCCUGAGACACUGACAAUACUCUGCCCACCCCCUCCUUCUACACACAAACCGGUGGUAGUGGCACACACUUCACGGCCUGUUAGUCCCAUAUUUCUACCCAAGAGUUUAGUAAGUGGUCAAAGCGAUAGCCUUCACCAAACCCCCAAAAUAACUAAAACUGUCUUGAUAUCUGUGUCUCGUGUUGGAGCUGGUACUGUGUUGACUACUGUACCAGCUCCUUCCACUCCCCCUGUUGAACACUUAAGAACCAUUAAGAAUGAUUCCAAGCUGCCACUGGCAGACCAGACUGCAAUGUUUCAGACCACUCCAAAACCUGUAAACACAGGGAAGCCAGGAAGGGCGGUCACUGAGGAAGAAGAACCAGGAGAAAAUAUUGGAGAGGGAAUAGGAGGGAGAAAUGGAGGGAAAGAUGUUUUCGAUGAUGGGAAAGUGCAAGGACUGAAAGAAGCAGAAGUUGCAAAGAGUUUAGAGGAGGAUUCUGAGGAAACAGAUGACAGUGAGGUUUCUGAGAAUGAGGAUGAUGAUGAAGAGGAGGAGGAGGAGGACGAACUGGACCCAGAAGCAGAGCCUGGAGGUUCAGGUGAACACCGCUGUAGCGUCUGUGACCUCGUCCUUUCCUCCAGCUUCCAGCUCCAGGAGCACAUGAACCUGCACACAGGGGCACGCCCCUACUGCUGUGCCGAGUGUGGUAAGCGCUUCUGUCAGCUGGCCAACUACCGCUCCCACCUGCGGACGCACGCCCAGCCCCAGACCUCAGUCCCACCCGUACAGCUCCGCUGCCGUGUUUGCCUGAAGGGCUUCGAUUCUGAGCAGGGUUUGAAGGACCACCUAGCCAAGUCCCACUUUGAGAAGGAGUUCUAUGAGUGUGACGCAUGCAAGCGCAUCUUCACCUGCCUGACCAAGUGUGAGGAGCACCUGGAGGAGCACAAGCGCGAGCUGGCGGACCACGUGUGUCUGCAGUGCUGCCGCCGCUUCCGCCUGCGCCGCUCUCUCCGCCGCCACAAGGAGCGGGGCUGUGUCCGCAGCUAUCGCUGCACCGACUGCCCCAUGAACUUCAGCCGCAAGAAUGCCCUCCUCAAGCACAGCUUCUCCCACCUGGGCCUGCUGCCUUACACCUGCAUCCAGUGCCGUGCACAUUUCCGCCUGGCCAGGCUCUACCGUAAGCACGAGUGUGAGCCGGAGCGGCUCCACUGUGUGGCAUGCCUGGGCGUCUUUCAGAGCCACAACGACUUCCAGAGGCACAAGAGGGAGACGGGCUGCUGGGGCCAGCAGGGGACCAAGGGGGAUGAGAUCCGCUGUAUGGAGUGUGGCCAGGCCUUCUCCACGGCUGACGAGCUGAAGAAUCACGCCGGGGCCCACCAGAGGGUGAUGACCUGCUCCGAGUGCGGCAAGGGCUUCCGCUCGGCCUUGAUGCUGAUGUCACACAUGGGGGGCCACGCAGGGUCGAGGCCCUGUCUGUGUAAGAACUGUGGCCUGGGCUUCCCUCACCAGCAGGGUUACGAGAGCCACCUCAAGGACUGUGGACGCAAACCCCCUCCUGUGAUGGCUCCAAAGAAACCACGGAAGGACGCCCCUGCUGCUCCUUCCAAACCGCUAGCCCAGCUCGCUCCAAGUUAUCUCCCUGUCUCUGCUCCUGUGAAGAAACCAGAGAGGCAAGCGUCAGCACCACUUUCUACCCCAGUGAGAAUGCCAGGCUCUGCCCCUGCCAGAGUCGCUAUGCGAGUCCCUGCUUCUACCCCAGUGAGAAUGCCAGGCUCUGCCCCUGCCGGAGUCACAAUGGGAAUCCCUAACACCACUGCUGUCCGUGUGGGGAGCCCUGACCAACCCACCAAGGGGCUGUGGAAGCUCAGCCUGGACAAACAGCCGCCUCCUGGGGUGUCCUUGGUCAUGUUUGUCCCUGCCAACACCCCUCUGGCCUCUGGACUCUCUGGUCCAUCCUCCACCCCCCAGCUUCCAGCCCUCUCAGGCACACAGCCCCAGUGGAAGGUAUUCAACCCAGCACCAAAUCCAGGAGCCCCUCCUCCGAUGCUGUGCCAGUCCAGCUUCACCUCUGAGCCGGGCCUGAGCCUCAUAGCAGAGGCAAACCGGCGCUACUCCUCUGAUGCCCCGCUGGAUCUGGCCUUAAAGACAGCUUACUACGAACAGGAGCCUGCUAAUUUACUACCUCUUGAUCUGUCUAACAAGUCGACUUGCUCCACUCCUCCUGCUAACCUUGUAGUCAAGACUGAACCGAGAGACCCUGGGUUUGCAGAGGAGACUGAGGAAGAAGUAUUCACAAGUUUAACAGGUGAUAAAAAGGGGAUAGUCUUUCAGAGUAAGAAGGAGCCAGGGGAGGAUUCUAAAAUGGAGGCUAUGUCUCAGAAGGGGGGAAAUAGAGAAGGGAGAAGAGAUGAAGACAGGCAAAAUGACAGCAGAGAUGAUGGAACAGCUCAGUCUCAAAUGAAGAAGUCACCAAAGCCGGGAGUCCCGUCAACACUGCGGCUCCUGACCGUCAAACAGACAGAACCUUUGAAGAACACUGCCAAAGUGGAUCCAGUGAAUCAGCUGAAAAUCGAGUCAGUCAGCUCUUUGCACUCCAAAAUGCUUCGGGGCUUAGUCCAUAUAAAGCAGGAACCACUGUCUCUAGAGCCUGACAGUGGAACACAGAGCACAGACUUCUGUUGGUCCAGCCCGCUGACAGCAUUGAAGAGGAAGAUGGAGCCAGACGUGGGGCUGGACUUGAGAUGGGAUGGGGGUACCCCAGGCUGUGUGCUCGACUUGAGGUUGAAUGGAGGGAACCCAGCCAGUUGUGAUGUGGCGGAGAAAGCAGAGGAGAGGAACAUGGAAGGAGACCGUGUAGAGGAGGAGCUUGAUGGUGGCGAGAAGGAUGGCGCAACAGAGGAGAGGAACAUGGAAGGAGACCGUGUAGAGGAGGAGCUUGAGGGUGGUGAGAAGGAUGGAGCAACAGAGGAGAGGAAAGCAGAUAAGGAUGGAUCGGAGGAGAGGAAAGCGGAUAAGGAUGGAUCGAAGGAGAAGGAUGGAACCGAGGAGAGGAAAGCAGAUAAGGAUGGAUCGGAGGAGAGGAAAGAGCAGAAGGAUGGAUCGGAGCAGAGGAAAGUGGAUAAGGCUGGAUCGGAGGAGAGGAAAGCGGAUAAGGAUGGAUCGAAGGAGAGGAAAGCGGAUAAGGAUGGAUCGAAGGAGAAGGAUGGAACCGAGGAGAGGAAAGGGGAGGAGGAUGGAACGGAGAAGACUGAUGCCCCUGUUGAUGAACCCACAGCCCAUAACCCAGAGGCACAGCUCCCCCCCUCUCCCAUCCCCUCUCCUCCCUCCUCACCACCAUGUAAAAGACGAAGGUCACUAAGGACAAGGGAAAAGCCUAGAGCCCUACGUGACUGUUUAUUAUAAGGGCAGUACUUUAGACAGAGUGAAAAAUGGGAUUGCUGACAACAAUGUUAAUUAGGCUGCCUUUUAAUGGCCUGAGGAACAGAGGACAACAACCAAGCCUAAUGUAAAACAAUUCAUACUAGGCUUGUUAUUAAAUUAUAAUAGCAACACAUUUUGUGGAUUAGUGGUGAUUUUGAUAAACCAUGCCUCUACAUGAAUUUGCCCUCUGGAUUUGGUUGCUUUCCUGUAUUCCAAUCAUUUUUUCUUAGCUAUUGAAGACUUACUAUGUCUAUGUUUAAUGUACCUGCUAGUGUUUAGUGAGCUAGCUAACAAUCCUUGUUGUUAGCUGCUUACUGUGUGGCAAGAGAGUGAGAUUAGGGUAAAUAGUGGCUAUUGUUUUCGAUGUUACAGUAGUUGCGUAUGUUGGCAAUAGGAUCAUGCUCUUCUUCCAGUGUUACCGCACACAUUUCCAAACACUCCAUAUCUAUUUGACUAUACCAAUAUAACUUAUUUGGGUUUUUUGUUAUAGGUUGUCUAGUUAGUCUUCACUUGAAUGUCAUUGUAAUUUUUGUCGUUUCUAUUCUAUAUAAGCUGCUGUAUGGGACUUCAGUCGCCAAGGUUUCUUAUUCAGGUAUUGAUGGGGAGUGUUUGGGAGCCAGGAUUUAAUGUACUGUCAACUUUCUGAGAAAUGUUUCUCAACAGCUCGGUUUUUGUUUGAUUUGAGUUCCAUGAUGGGUAAAAUAUGCAAGAAAAUGUAUGUGCUGUCCAAUUAUAAUGUUAAAUUGACAUGUAUAUCUUUUUCUAUCACGUUGAAUGUCUUACCCCAAAUUCAACUGAAUGGUUGCAGUGUUUUGUAGAGUUUAAAAUAUUCUGUUCUGAAAUUGGGAUCUUAAAGGAUACAAAUAAAGAUCAACAUAUUGGAAUGGUA